AAAUUAAUAAACCCUGUGUGAUAUGUGAAUGGUGGUUUGGAGCUUUUGGUCCUCCAUGCCCCUUCUCUUUUUCUCUCUGUGUUUCUCACUCUGAAAACAAAAUCAACCCAACCAAACCCUCAAUGCGAGAAACGUCGCUGAUCCUCCACAUGUAAUCUCAUUCUAAACCCUCCCUCCCUCUCGAUCUCCCCAAAACCAUGUCUCUAGAAUCUUCCCUUCCUCCGAUCCCGGCCGCCCGAUCCUCGCCGGAGCCCCAACAACAGCAGCCCCCUCAAAACGACAACGCAACAUCAACCGCAAACCCUACCCCGCCCUUGUCCAGGAGCAACCGUCCCUCCCGCGCCUGCACCUUACGCGCCGCCGCUCGGCUCCAACAGUACCAGCAGCAGCAGAACCAGCCCGCCGAGAAACGACGAGCCGUUGCCAAAAAGGAACAGCAGCAGCAGGGAGACGACGAGUCGUCGUCGCCGCAGCAAUGCAGCGCCAGCAAGAUUAUCACGCCGCUGGUGGGCCCUCCCCCGCCCUCGCAAUUGCCACGCUGGACCCUCCGCUCUAUGUGGGAAUUGGCUUCCGUACUCAAUUUCUUGCACGUUUUUCGGCCGCUUCUAAAUAUCUCGCCUGAGUUCUCGGCAGAGGAGUUGGAGACGGCUUUGAUUACACCCAAUGACACUUUGAGUGACAUUCACAUUCCAUUGUUGAAGGCAAUUCCUCCUAUUACGCGAAUGGCACUUACACGUGAUACUUGGGUCACUGUUUUAUGCAGAAAGUUGAGAGACUGGUGGCAUUGGGUUGCAGAUGGAGAUCUACCCAUUGUUGCUUCACAUGGGGCGGAGGUCGAGGUGUAUAAAACACUUGAUCCUGGGGUUCGUGUGGUCAUCUUGAAAGCACUUUGUGAUAUUCGUGUUGAGCAAGAGGAUAUUCGGAACUAUAUUGACAACUCACUGAAGCAUGGAGUUCAACUUUCAACAUUUCGUAAAGAACGUGUUGGAGGUGAUUCACAAGGAAUCUCUUACUGGUAUGAAGAUGAUCCAAUAAUUGGUUAUAGGUUAUACCGGGAGAUACGGAAGGUUGAGGUGAAGAAGGCAAAAGCGAAAGGUUCCCAGGUCCUUCCUAGUGCGACAUAUGAGUGGGAAACAGUCGCAACCAAUUUUGAUGAAUUUCAAGAUGUUUCUGAGAAACUUUUCUCAAGUAAAAAUAGGACAGAGGCUUCUCUAGGAAAAAAGUUGAAAGGAGACAUGCUUGCAGAGAUUGAGAAGGUUCACAAGAGGAAAGAGAGGUUGCUGAAGAAGCAACACAGACAAGCUCUCCUCCUUGAUAAUUUUUUGACUGUGGAUGGCCUUGGUCCUGGGCGCUCUCUCCGUGACAGAAAGCCAGUUACCUACACUUUUGAUGAUUAUGACCGGUCCAUCAAUGAGGCAAUCAAGAUAACCAAAAGGAAGCAGCCAUCCCCGGAACCUUUACAGAAACGAGAGGGAGUUGUGAAACCUGAAGCUUCUAGUAAUGGUAAAUGGAAUGCUACUCCAAAUUCCUAUGAGCAUGUAGGAUUUAGUGCUCCAUCUCCUAAAUCACCUGAUUAUGAUUAUGAUGUCGAAGAAGAUAACAAAUCUGAACAAUUGGAUCGAGGCAAUCGACGAAGACAGAGGCCUCAACGUUAUUCUGCGAAAGAAUUUGUUGAAGCAGUUUCAGAUAAUGAGGCAGACUUUGACAGUGAUGAUGAUAUAGUUGGUGAAGCUAUAUAUGAUGAGGAAUACUUAAAGAAACGUAAAGAGAGAAGAAAGUUUUCCAGUAGCUCUGAAGGAGAUGAGGAGUAUCAUUUUGAGGAAGAAAAUGCUGAAGAGGAGGAAGAAGAGGAGGAAGAAGAUUCCGUAAGUGCAAGCGAGGAUAGUGAUGAACCCCGAAAAGUUAAGAAAUUGCCAGGCCGCACUAGGAGGGAAACUAAAUUGAGGUCAGUUGAUGAGCUCCAGUCAGGUCUAAGACGCAGUAAGAGGGCCACCAGAAAUCGUAUUGAUUAUCGACAAUAUGAAUUCUCAGAGUCAGAACCAGAGCAGUCUAUGAAACCUGAGAAAUCAAAUGCAUCGGAUGGACACUAUGAUGCAGGUGAGAAUGGGGAUUAUUCAAUGGAAAGUCAAGAUUCAGAUGGUAAUGAUGAGGACCAGGAAAUGAAAGUUGAUCAGGCUGUUGAAAAUUACCCUGAGACGACAGUUGAGAAAGAGCAAAUCCAGCCACCUGGAAAAUCAAAUAGUCCAGGGGAAGAUGAAGUCGAAGGUGUACAGAAAAGACGUUUCCUCGACCUAAAUGAGCUUGCCCCUGGUUCAGGUUUUGAUGAUGGUCCAAACACAAUGAUGAAAGAUGAUACGGAUGAUUUAUGAUGCGACAGUUCCCCCCCUGCGAGACAGCAAAGAUUGUGUAUUGCAAGGAAGCCGAACUCUGUACGAUUGUAAAAUUUAGAAAUUUUGUGCCAGUGCCCAUGGAGAAAGUUGUGGCCAGAGUUCUCCUAGGCAUAAUUUAAGCAACAACCUUGGUGCAUGAUUUGCAACAGGGUCGCAACAUGAUGCGGCGAGUUAUGUAGAUUAGGUAGUCAUUUUUUAGUAUGUCGACAUCCGAAGGAACCUACGAGCUCAGCUAGGACAGAUGAAUGGAAGUUGUUGGGAUUUGCUUAGUUCAUCCGAUCAAUGUACAAUAACCCUCAGCUAAUAUUGUAACUGAAAGAUUUGGCCUUAGAUGUUAAAAGCCAAAGCCUUUGUAGUAUUAUCUCUCAUGUUCAUGAAUCCCUGAUAAUGAUCUGCCUUUGAGUCUGAGCUUAUUUGGGUUGGUUGUGUUAUAAUAGAACCAUCCUCCCUUAGAAGGUAAGGUAAUUGUACU